UGUUGCCACACCUCCUUCUUUAACCUGGUUUAGAGUAAUUGGUAGCUUCUGUGAAGUGGACUUUGCUAAGGGAAAUUUUAACUCAACAAACCGAACUUUACAAAACAUACGCGAUCAAAAUAAAGCAACUCAAAGAAUGGACAAUAAAACACCCCCAGACAUCAGAUAGAUGUCGCUGACAAUUUUGUAUUAUCAUUAUUUUGCCUGAAGUUGGAUGGCUUUGAUUCAGUCAUGUGAAACACAAAAAUGGAUGAGCUAGGCAGCCAAGUGCGUGAGGUUGCAGUGCUGCCUGGAUAAUCAUCAAAAAGUUUAGGCCUAUUUACAAAUACCCCCCAAAACACACACACAACACACACCCAUAAACACUGACUAUAGACACUUACAUACUCCCACACUUGCCUACAAUUAAGCUAAACUUUCAGUUUUUAGUGCUGAACAACUGCUGCAGUUUUUGAGGUAGUGACAAGGUAGUGGCAAGGUAAAGAAAGAUGGAGUGUGGAGAAAGCGUUCUCUGUGGAGGGGGUGAACUGGAACUUGACCCUGACAUCGUAAGCGAAGAGGCGGGCAAACUCUACUCAGAGCUCCAGGCUGUGGUGGAGACCCAUGGCUCUGGCGUGGUGGAGUCCCUGGUGCCAGUGAUGGUGUGGGUGCUGGAGGGCCUGGCUAGCUGCCGGGCCCAGCUGCGAGAGCGGGAGGAGGAGGCCGAGCGGGAGAAGGUGGACAGAGAGGAGCUGAUGGAGAGGUACCAGACCGAGAGAACUCUCAGGAGGGAGAGUCAAGAGAAAUAUCUGGAGCUGGACGACCAGUUUGAGCAGGAGCGCAGGGCCAUGAGAGGGAGAGAGAAAGAGAGGGAGAGGAGAGAAAGAGAGCUGGAGAAGAAAGCAAGGGAGCAAGCUGACCAAUUGUUGGCCCUGGACGAGCAGAGGACGGGUCUGUCUCGGGAGUUGAAUACGCUGAAACAUACGCACAACAAGUUGAUGCUGACGUAUCGGGAACUGCUGGAGAAGAGAAAAGACUCAGAGAGAGAGGGAUCUCCUUUUAGGAAUCACAUUCGUUUAAAGAGUGUGGAGCCUGCUCAUGAUCAUGCAGAACCCAAACUUAGUGAACAGAAUGAAUCGAAAUGCGAUGUGCCUUCCAUUCCCAUCUUGCUGGAGCCGCCAGUGACCAAGGACGACCAGGAGGCCAACAAUGUCAAGAGGAAGUCCAUCAGCGAUCCUUCCUUCAUCAACGACAUCAUUAGUUCCACCCCGGAGUUGAGCCAGCUGGCUCAUUUCAUGGAGGCGAGUACGCCAGUGCCCAGUGCUACAGAUAGCAGCACUGAGAACCACAACACCAGCCUGCAGGAAGAGAUGAAGGAGCCCACCGUGGAGGAGAGAAGAGAGGAAGAUGGAGAGAACAGGGAGGAGAAGAACAAAGAGGAAGCAGUUGAGAAAGAAGACGGAGAAGGAAGAGAAGAGGCAAAGGAGGAGAAAGGGGUGAUUGAAGAGGGAGUGGCGGCAGAGGAGGAAGAGGAGGAGGACUUGGAGAGUCUGGAAUGGGAGCUAAGGAACACAGACUCCGUCUUCUCGGAGCUGUCUGAGCUCAGCAGAGAAUACCUGGAGAGUGUGGACCAGGGGGCCAGCGUCAGAGGCAGCACUGACCAGUUGGAUGAGAUUGUUGCUCAGUAUGAGGAACUAAAACGAACCCACGAAAUGGUGGACGCAGCCAGGAAGGCCCUGAUCUCUCGUGUGGAGGAGCUGACCAAUGAGAGGUCAGCGCUUAGCCUAGAGGUCAGCUCCUCUCAGGAAAUCACCGCACGGUUGGAGAGCAGAAUGAGGGAGAUGGAGGAGGAGACGAAACGACUUCGAAAGGAGCUGGAAGCCAUUCAGUCAGAUGACCCUGAUGCUGUGCCCAUGUCCAUGCGGAGGUUCUCGCGGUCAGAGAUGGCGCGGGUGGUCAUGGAGAAGAACCAGUAUAAGGAGCGUCUGUUUGAGCUGCAGGAAGCUGUGAGGCGUGCACAGACUCUCAGAGUCACCAAAGAUGAGCAGGCUCCUGUUGAAGACAGGAAAGGCAGUGUCUGGAAAACGUUUAACCGUUUCUUUGGCCUGGCCAAGAACCCGAUGGCUCCGCCUGCUUCUUUAGCGAUUGCUGUGCCGAUGGUGACACCCACCUACCGGUCGCCCACCUCGUCCCCACAGCGACUGUCCAUCAGCAACACCCAAACAGAUGGCUCUUUCUCCCCACGUGUGAGGAGGCGGGAGCUGUACAGGGAGAUCCGCUCCCAUGUGUGGGGAACUCUGGGUAAACGGCAAGUGCAUGGGUGGAGCAUGCCUCUGUCCCACACCAACGUACAGGACUCUUCUCUGCCCACCCCUGAGCCCAAAGACGUGCCUGUGCUGGUGCAGCUGAGACUGCUUGACCAAAGAGACGCAACAGCCAAGCUGACGUGUGCUGUUGCUGUCACCCCUGAGGUCUCCAAAGAGCAGACGAGUUCUGUCUGGGCGCUCUCCGGGCCUGCGUCCAGUAGUGAUGUCACCAUCAUUGAUCCGACUCGGUCCAAUACCAUCCUGGAUCAGUUCAGCCUCCCGCCCACCUCUCCGGCUCUGUGCAUCUGUGCAGUGCCCCAUACAGGAGAGACUUCUGGAACGGUGUGGAUAGGGACUCAGGAUGGGGGUCUCUUGGUACAUCCAGCCUCUACCUCUAGACGGAGGUGUCUACAGUCUGUCACCCUCACAGAGGGGGUGCACUCUCUAACGUAUUCACAGGGUAAAGUAAUAGCGGGAUUAGCCAAUGGCACUCUGGCUUUCUUCAGCCAUUGCACAAGUGGCUGGGAUCUCCAAUCGAAAGAGGAGAUGUCUCUAGGUUCACCCCCUGUACAGCCCAUUCGCUGUUGCCUAGCAAAAGGGGAGGGAUUAUGGGUCGGUUACUGGAACAAGAUCCACAUGAUCGAUGUAACGAGUCGAAAAGUAGAGAAAUCGUUUACAGUGUCAGAGCGCAGUGAGCAGCAGGUGCGCUUCCUGUGUGCGGCUGGAAGUGGAGUCUGGGCUUCCUGUCGGCUAGACCCCACUCUCAGGCUGUUCGACUGGGCCACCGGCCGGCCUCUGCAGGAAGUAGAUUUGUCACCUAUGGUGACCAAAGCACUAGGUGCUGGAUUCCUCUCUCUGUCUCCCCUCCAGGUGUCUGCGCUGGCUGUGAUGUGUGGGCGUCUGUGGGUGGGCACCGCCAGCGGGGCCAUAUUCUCUGUCCCUCUCAAUCUCAGCUCUGAGUCAUCCAUCCCAUACUGCACUCUGACCUUAGCACAGCUAUGUUACCAUGGCCACCGUCAAGCAGUAAAGUUCAUCAUCUCUGCACCUGGCUGUCAUAGCUUAUCCUCAACUUCAGAGGGCGCUGAUUCAACCUCUCAGCUUAUUUUGAGUGGAGGAGAGGGCUAUAUUAAUUUCCGUAUUGGAGAUGAUGCGAGCGACGGAACAAACGAGAAUGCUCCUCAGCGCUCCGAGCGCAGUCACAUGAUCAUCUGGCAGAGUGCCAACCCCUCCGUGCCCAACCCUAACCUUUGAACUUUGGAUGUGGGGGAUGGAGGAGGGUUAAAACAUCUCAGCCUUAACAUCAUUUUGCCUUGAGGCUGUGGUAGUGGGCUUUCUGACUGUCUACCUGCAUAUAGUGCAGUGUAACAACCUUUGCCUGUAACAGGCCACUCCAGAGACACAAACUGGCAUGAGUACACCGUUUACCUUAAUGCCAUGGCCUCAUAUCUGAGAGAUGGAAUCAUUUUGCUUGAACAAGCACCAUACAUGGGAGGAUCCCUAUUCUUGUGAAUGUGUACUAUCUAUGCUGGUCUUAAUUUGUCACCAAAGUUUAUACUUCAAGGACAGCCACAGGCCUCAGGGUGGUGGUCGGCAUUGGUCCCUUGAUGGGCUCUAAUAUUGGUUGUGCCGUUGUGUGCCUUUCUUUUGUUGUGAACCAAGUUGCUGUGAAUUGGUCAGUAUUUGAUGUUUCUGUUUUUAUCCAAACUCUGACAACCAGUCCUCGUGUGGCCUAAUGCAAGAUAAUCAGUGUAAUUCUCUCAUGUGAGUCUGCCGUUUGUGACAGGCAGAAGUAUAUCCCUCCAUGCAUGAUCGACAGUCCUCUCAUAUUUAUUCAUACCUGCAUUGUGUGAGUUAAUGCAAGUUCAUCUUGAGGCACUCAAAAACCAGAUCAGUUAACAGUGACCGGUGCUCCGUCCAAAGUAUGCUCUACCAAUUCUUACCACCCUUUACCGUUUGUACCUCAUGAAUCAUUGAGCCCCCGCUAGUUGCAAGAAGAUUGAAUAAAGACAGGGACUCUGUUGAGCUGUUUUGGAGAGGUGUGUGUGUGUGUGCGUGCGUGUGUGUGAGAGAGAGAUAGCUGAUGGAGUUAGACAAUUAGUGUUGACGUUCUCUGGAUGUCUAUGCAAAUAUCAACGAAAACCCGCCAUCUCUGCACUUUGCAUGCAGAGCUGCUGGGUAAAGGCACUUUAUUCUCGUCAUGCGUGUUAUGUGACCACCUGUGCUUUGCCGUGUACAACUUCUCUUCUUGUCAAACUAUGCCUGUCCGUUCAAUAGAAAGAGGCCCAGCACUUGUGUUUUGUUUAAGAGCAUUAGUCUAAUCAUAUACUCACUUACACAUAUCUGAAAUCAACAAUCAAUGUAAUAUUUAAUUGUGUCUGCCCUUAUCUGUGUUCUGCAUUGAUAAUGAGUUUUGAAGAGGUAAACCUCUAAUUAUUGCAGUAUUUCCCACUUCCCAGUGUAUGUGGAGCAUGAGGCAGUGUGUUGUGAGUCUCACUUUUGUGAUUAUAAUUUAUCAAACUAUGAAUUACUGUUCAGAAACUAUGAAAUAGGUUAUGGAUGAAAUAUGCUUUUUCUGUGUAAAUGUUCCAAUUAAAACCCUUUGUCUUAA